AUGAUAAAAGCCGCAUCAAUCAUCUGCAAGAACAUUGAAAAGGUGGAUUUAAUUCCACAAGAUCUUUUGACUAAUGGAGUGAUCCAUUCAAAUUUCAUCAAAAGAUAUCACCAACCGCUGUAUGAAACAAUCAAGAAGCAUAAUUGUCUUGAUGAGAUAAGGUUAUAUGAUUGCAGACAACAUCGCACAACAUCGCGUAAAAGAUAUCACCAACCGCUGUAUGAAACAAUCAAGAAGCAUAAUUGUCUUGAUGAAAUAAGGUUAUAUGAUUGCAGACAACAUCGCGUAAAAUUAACUUUCGAAGAAGAAAAUUUUAUCAGCAGUCAUAUAAAACACGGAUAUUGUUCUAUACCAGGUGGUCGGCCUGAAUCAAAAAGACUUUAUAGUGGACUUGGUUCAUUUCUAGUCCAAAUGGAACGUGUUUGGACAUCUCCAUUAUUUGCACAAAGAUCAUCAGCCAUAAACGAGUAUUCAUACUCGCAUCUAGUUGCUAAGCUUAUAUGCGAGUUAGUAACAUAUGGGCUUGAUAAUAUUGAUAUCGAAUACAGCGGGCUAUCAAAAUCCACAAAAAAUCGCAACGGAGGGAAAUCUGGUCCAUUACGAUAUCCAGAUGUAACAGGAUCCAAAAAAUACCCAGGAUCCCAACAUAAAUGGGAAUUUAUGUUUUCAGAGAUAAGUAAUGGCCCAUAUUCCUUUGACGAGAAACAUUACCUAGGAGAUGAAAAUCGAUUGGCUCAGCACGGUACAAAAAUGAAUAUCAAGAAGGCACCAUCACGAUUAAUCAAAUUCUUUAAACUACAACAUGAAGCAAUAAUGUGUCACCAUUGUCUAUAUAAAACUGAUGACGAUCCAGAAUAUGUUAAUCUACCCAAUUAUCCACAACCGCCAGAAAGGAUUUCAAAAGAGAAUAUAAGAAAAUUUCAAGAUAGGUCAUAUGUAUUACGAAAUGAUAUUAUUUAUUCUCAAUUUGAAUUUCAGGAACUGGAGUUCGCAUAUCAUGAAGUAUGUGCAGAACUCGAUGAAACAAAACUAGGCAAGUCCAUUCUCAAUCCAGAAGAGUUCAAGAAAAUGCUCGAGAAAGCUGAUCCGUCAUUAAAAGCAGGACUCAAUAAUAAAUUUAUUAAUGGCGUUAAGGCAGAGGUUGGACUUUUGCUAGACGCGUCUGGAGCAUCUUCAUCAGCAAUAGAAACUUUGGCUGGUGCAGGCUUAACAAUAAGACGUGAAACCAUUGCAAGACAGAAAACUCAGCACGCAGAAGCACAUACAAUGACAGUGGGAGAGUUUUUAUUGAAAAAUAUCAAGAGCUUGGUUGUUCUCAAUGUGGAUGAUUUUCACAAUAUUCAUGAGCAUUGUCAUAGUGAUACAAUAUCCAUACAUGAAGUCUCCCAUUUUAUUAUGAUACUUCUAAAAGUCUUGUCAAAAACAACAUCUAUUCCAUUUUGUCAAGAAAAAAGUGUUCAUAAUGAAAAGAAUAUUGAUUCAAAAAUUAUCAUAUCAAAUGCAUACUCAUCAUCAUUCUUUCCUUAUUCAUGGCUUAGCUAUAUAGAACGAAAGCAAGCAUUUACUAAUUUGAUGUCUCUUUAUGAUGAUAAAAUUGAACAACGCCGAACUGAUCGAAGCAUGGAAAAUAUGAAACUAAUUGAUUUAAAAGAAGGGUCUCUUCAUUCAACCACAAAUUAUAUAGAUGCCCUUAGGUAUUUUAUAGAUGUUUCUGAG